AUGAUUGUCAUUUGGUUAUUAUUUACAAUUGUUCUGCUGAGAAGUACUAAUAGUCUGAAUGUGGAUCGCUGGGCUAAGAUUCCAAAUGCACCGUCUAUUAAGCAUGACCAGCUACUACCAACCGCUAAAUCCAGCGCACAUAUUCCCCUCACCAAUACAACAAACAUAAAUUCUCUUAAACAGGUCAAAAACUCGAUAAAAACACGCACCUCAGGGGCUUUACUACCAAUCAAUACGCUAACUACAUCAGCAUCCAACUACUUCAAUUCGCUUAAGAUUUUGUUCGCCAAUCCCCAAUUUCCCACCCCUUCGUCAUAUGAACUAAAAAUGACUUUUUUGAGAGGAUUAAUUGUUCCUAUUUUUAUCUCGACGAUUCUGUUAACAAAUUCUUCAUAUAAGUAUUUGGAGGAGAAUUGGGCCUUUCAGGGUUACUGGAAUGGGUUGUCUACUAAAGAUUUAACUACUAUCGCACUAACAAUACACCUAUUGCAUUCAUUGUACAAAUUAUUUGUAUUAAGAGGCUUCUUCAUUGCCAACCUGAGUAAUAAUAGGUGUCCGAUAAAGGAAUACUUCUAUCCCACUUCUAAAGGUUUAAUGACCAGAAUAAUUGACUGGAAUCCGCGAAUUGUAACUAAUAUUUUGGGUUUAGUGUCGGUGGGUAUAACUGCUCUGUCUUUUUAUGUUGGUUUAACUCUGGCUGAAACUGGUUGGGGUACAGCACACCCUGCGUUUAAAGGCGGUGAAACCUUUGCAUAUGCAAUAACUGUAGUAAGUAUGUUUAAAUCGCUACUCCUAAAGCAAGACUUUCCCUCACUAGUUAAUAUAAAUCAUUUUAUUACCCCACUCAACUUUCGCAGUGAUGUCAAGAAAUGUUACAUGUUGUCAAAACUCUUUAAGACAACGGCUGAAUUGCCUGAGGAAUAUAAGUCUGUCAUGCUAUCGCAAUCGGAAAUUAAGCUUAUCUCUUUUUUAGCAACAGUGGUCCCCUUCACCAAUUUUGUUUUGAAGUUCUUUCCUACAUGUCUGGAAACAUUUUCAAUGUUAUUAUUGUUAUCUAUUAACCUAAACAACCUUUCUAUGGCUGGAAUAUUUACUUCAUUCAUCCAUGCCAUUGUACUAUUGAUUGAAAAUUUCAUCCACAAAUAUGAUAGGGAGUUGCUGAUCAAAGAUAUCGAUGCUAUCUAUCAUAAUUGA